CAAAGGCCAGUUCCUCCUAGAAAACACGAACUUUCAGCACCACACGUUGGUGUCCUCAAGACGAUUCCCUAAAGCAGGCAGACCCAGAGCAACACAAUGGCAAAGUCAGUUCUGUUUUCUGAGCUGGAUUUUUCGGACCUAUAUGAUAAUUACAGUGACUACUCCGGCACCUUUGACCCUAACAGUAUAGGAGCAGCAGCAGCACCUUGCAGAAUUAAUAUUACACCAGAUGUUUUCAAGUACCUAGUGGCCUUCAUCUAUGGUCUCACAUGCUUUCUGAGCUUGGUGGGGAACUCCCUGGUGGUUCUGGUGAUUGCCUACAACAAAGGAAACCGUUCUGCCACAGAUGUGUAUCUUCUGAACCUCGCCAUUGCUGAUCUCCUCUUUGCACUUAGUUUGCCAUUCUGGGCUGUAGAAAGAGUGCAUGAAUGGAUCUUUGGCACUCCCAUGUGCAAAAUCCUGUCACUCCUGAAGGAAGUCAACUUCUACAGUGGCAUCCUCCUGCUGGCCUGUAUCAGCAUGGAUCGCUACCUGGCAAUAGUUCAUGCUACUCGAGCAGUCACUCAGAAGAGGAGCUGGGUCAAAUUUGUCUGCGUUGGCAUCUGGCUGUUCUCCUUCCUCUUCUCCCUUCCUGGGAUUAUCUUCCGUGUGGCUUACCUACCACCUGAUUUCUACAAGUGUGUUUGUUAUGAAAAUAUUGAAGGGAAUCAGACAUCUGAAAUUAGGGUGAAACUGAGAGUCUUGCCACAAACGUUUGGCUUCUUUCUUCCCUUGAUCAUCAUGCUCUUCUGCUAUGGUGUGACAGUAUACAGACUCUACCAGACUAAUAACAGUCAAAGAAAGAAGGCCAUGAAAGUCAUCUUGGCUGUGGUGCUGGUUUUCCUGGUCUGUUGGCUGCCCUACAAUAUCACUCUGCUUCUUGAUACGUUAAUGAGGUCUGGAGCUAUUGGUGAAACCUGUGACCUUCGCAACAGCAUCGAUGCAGCCCUUUCGGGUACUGAAAUCCUGGGAUUUUCUCACAGCUGCAUAAACCCCAUUAUAUAUGCCUUCAUAGGGCAGAAGUUCCGGAACAACUUCCUCAAGAUCCUGGUCACAAGAGGCCUCAUCAGCAAAGAAGCCUUGACUCGGUUCAGAAGGGGUUCCUCCUUCUCAUCCACCUCUGGCAUCACCUCUACAACUCUGUAAUAGCCAGCCAUGUUUGUAAGGAGGUCUUAGUAGGCUUCAAGAGUCAGACUGACUAAAGUGAUACCACUGAGAUGCUUUAAAAAACCUGUAUACCUUCGGGUAUAGG